AUGGAUUCAUGGAGAUCUAACCGGCCGGAAAAGCGGGAUGACUUUGAGGUCGCUAUCAUUUGUGCUCUGACUCUCGAGGCUGACGCCAUCAGCGCUCUAUUCGAUAAUCACUGGGAAGAUGAAGGGCUUUCCUACGGCAAGGCCAGAGGGGACCCUAAUGCUUAUUCCACUGGUGUCAUAGGGCAACACAAUGUGGUGUUAGCCCAUCUACCAGGGAUGGGUAAAGUCUCAGCAGGCAACAUCGCUGCCUUUUGCCGCAUGAGCUUUCCUAACAUCAAGCUAGCCCUUCUUGUCGGCAUAUGUGGCGGUGCGCCUUACUACGAUAAAGGUCAAAGCCAAAUACGUCUUGGCGACGUAAUUAUUAGUACCGGUAUUGCUCAAUAUGACUUUGGUCGUCGGUGUCCGGAUAAAUUCAAGAUCAAGGAUAGUCUAAAAGACAUCCCCAGAAGGCCAGAUCUUGAGAUCAGAAAUCUGUUAUCAAAAUUGAGGACAGCGAGGCAGCGUGAGCGUUUGAAGAGAGAAAGUUGGAGGUAUCUGAAUGAGCUACGCCAGGAUGCAAAGAGGCCAGCCACCUUCCCAGGACGAUCAAAAAUUCCCAGUCGACUACCGCCACAAACACCAGGUUUCGUUAGCGUGUGCAACGUGCGCAUCGUGCCACCAUGA